UUUCAUAUCAUGUUGACAUUUCCUCUCCUCAAUUUCUCAUUGAGAACCACCGUUGAUGAAUUUCUCUUCCCUAAAAGAUCUUUGUUAGCCAUGGAUAACAAGAGAUUUAUGAUCUUGACACUCGCUCUGUUGGUUCUUAGUUACAUUGCUGCGGUAGCAAUUCCGGAUAUUUGGUACAUUUUUCAGUUCAUGGGAUCAACCUCUGCUGUUUGUCUUUCCUUUGUUUUCCCUGGUUCUAUUGUUUUAAGGGAUAUUCAUGGUAUAUCAACGAGAAAGGACAAGAUUAUAGCACUUGUUAUGGUUAUACUAGCUGUAGGAACAAGUGUGAUUGCUAUCUCCAACAACAUAUAA